AUCACCAAAUGCCAAGACUCGUGAGGACCGUCAUGGCCGACCCUCAGGAUGAAGAGGUGCAACAGCGCCUCAAAGAAGCCCUCUGGUUCUCCAUCGGCAAGAUCGUCGACCAGGAGUCACUCCAGCGCAACCGCAACGCAACCCCGCAGUUCAUCGGCGCCCUGACCGACAUGAUCUGGCAUCAAAUAGAGAACGUAGCAACAGACCUGGAAAGCUUCAGCCAGCAUGCCGGCCGCACCACCGUCACGACCGACGAUGUGCUCCUCCUGGCGCGGCGCAACCAGGAUUUGUACUCGGUCAUCAAGGAUGUGGUCGAUAGGGAGAAGGCGGCUAAGCUUAAGGGGAAGGGCAAGGCUCGGGGCUGAGGGGCUUAUUGGAAAGGGUUGGCUGUGAUGAUGUGUUUAUGAUAUCCCUACUUCGCUGCGCUGUAUCUAGUGCCAUGAUCAUGCAAGUGACGACCUAUGCAAUAAGCCCCCGCUGGGCUCAGCACCACAAAGCAACCUGUGACCUAAAGUAGCGGGGUACGGCCCGCGCAGUUCUCCAUAGCAGACGCAUCGGCCAAGCAUCACGCAGAACACGACGUCGCUCGUAGACCUCAACCCUCCUCCACACCCCGCCCUUCUCAAUCUCCUAGUUUCUCUCGGGGGC